GCAGUUCAUUGUUGUAGAGCUAGAGGGCGCGCUACGCGGAAGUGAUUGAAGAAGCGCCCACUGGAUUCUGCAGGAGCCGUCAGACUGCUUUAUCACAGAGGACUAUUAUCUUAUCAACAACAUAUCAUAUUAAGCAUCGUAAGCGUUAUAGAUCAGCUUCGUCAUGUCGAAAAACACAAUUUCCGAUCGUUUCCGGAAAGUGGACGUGGACGAAUACGACGAGAACAAGUUUGUAGACGAAGAAGAGGGAGGAGAAAAUCAGCUGGGUCCAGAUGAGGCAGAAGUGGAUUCUCUCAUCAGACAAGGGAACCUCAUGGGUGCACUGCAGGCAGUGUUAAAAAACCCACCAAUCAACACAAAGAAUCAAAAUGUCAAGGAUCGUGCUGAAGGUCUGGUACUAAAGGUGCUCAGUUCCUUCAAAAGCAGCGAUAUAGAGAAAGGAGUUCUGUCUCUGGAUAAGAAUGGAGUGGACUUGCUGAUGAAAUACAUUUAUAAAGGAUUCGAGAAACCAUCUGAGAACAGCAGUGCAGUCCUGCUGCAGUGGCAUGAAAAGGCUCUCUCUGCAGGAGGAGUGGGCUCCAUUGUGAGGGUCCUAACAGCCAGAAAAACUGUGUAAACUGCAAGGCAAUUACCACAGUGAACAAAGAAAUAAAAACCCAGUGGCAGGAUAUCUUGCUGAGACCCUCAAAACAAAGCGAUGACCUUUACAGGGUGCUAUAGAGGACUUCUCAUUAACUGAUUUCUAUAUUAAUCACCGGCUGCUUUUCUUGUCUUUCAUACGGUAUCGCCCUUCAUUUACUUUAGCAUUUAGUCCACAUGACUACACAUAGCUUUAUAUCACUCUUUAUACUCUUACUUCCUUUACAAAACCACAUAGCAGAUCUAUUAGACUACCGGUAGCUUCUCUCAGGAAUACUUUUAUAUACUCUUGUGACUUUUAAAGUUUAUCAAAAGUUGCUUACUUGUAUUAUACAUCUGUUUUAAUGUGUGUUUUAAGUAUUAAUGUUAAUAUACUUAUUGUACUACUCUGCAUGUGUUGUAAUGGCCUGAAAUGAUUGAAGAUGGGAUGGACCUGUGUGUUUUCUUCACAUUGCCUGUGUUGGAUAUAGAUGAAUCAUUUCUGAUGCAUUACAACUUUUCAUUAUGGAUCUCCACAUUUCACUGGACUUUAUCCCAGAGUAUUAACUGACCAUAACACAGGUUCAGCUAUUAUACUGAAGUCUGAUUAAACCUUACACACAUUCUGCGAGUCUCAUCCUUGAAACAGCGUUUUCUCCCAUCUGACAUUUACUUGGCAAAUUGAGACAUUUCUUUAAAAUUCACUGAUUUUAUUAACUCUAUGGUCUUAAUGUAUCUGUGUCUGCAUUUCAAAUGGCAACAUUGCAAAGCACUUGUUGGCCAUGGACUAUUGUUAUUGUACGUCUGAGUUAGAGGAUUUGUAUGUAUCCUGUCGUGUGUCAGGAGGUUUUUAAGCCAAUCAUGUUGAAUGCAACAAAGCUAAUCGCUUGUGAUCCAGUCUGAUUUGAGACAUUACACUUGAUCACAGGGACCUUGUAUGUAUCUAAUGCAGUAACAAUGGCAAAGUGCAAACGCUCAAUAAACCAAACUAAUAUAAUGACUGCCGUACAGAAUAUUCCUUUUUGAAGUGUAUGCUUUUGUGAUUUAAUAAAAAAUACCUGUAUA